AUGCCCCGUGACUCUGUGCUCAGUCAGUCCAACAGGAUCUCCUUGAAUGUGAAUCUGCCACAACUCGUCGUGAUUGGAUCUCAAAGUUCGGGUAAAAGUAGUUUGUUUGAAGGCAUCACCCGGCUCGGCCUACCACGUAGUAGUGGAACCUGUACUCGAGGAACUAAAAGAGGAACCACCUGGCGCUGUAGAAUUGGGCUAAAAUAUGAAUUUCAAGUAUCGGGAGAAAGAUUGCCCCAUCCACGACUCGAAACUUUCGGAGAAGAUAUUUUCGAUCCUUAUGAUGUUCCUGAGAGAAUUUCUCGAGCACAGGCUGCUAUUCUUCGUCCAGAUGUGGAUUGGCGAAAUUUCUUGGAGUCAGGCCAGUAUGAAACGAGCUCGGACUUCUCCUUCAACUCUGUUACGGUCGAAAUUGAAGGCCCUGAAGUUGAAGACUUGACAUUUGUAGACCUUCCGGGAAUUAUCGCGGCGGAUCCAGAAGGCCAACCGGGCCUGAAGGAAAGAGUGCGCGGCAUGGCCCUAGCAUAUGUUCAAAAGGAAGAAAGUCUUAUCCUCCUCGUAUAUCAAUGCGACCAGGACGAUCUCACUCAAGGUGCCGUCGAACUAGCCAAAGAAUGUGACCCUCAAGGAAACCGCACUAUUGUGGUUCUAACCAAGCCUGACCUCCCAACAUUGCGGAGCACUGCUCAAGUGUUGAUGGCACCGUGGAAGCAACGAUUUCGAGAGUCAGAGAACUGGUUUGUUGUCAGGCAGCCAGACGGGAACUAUAUAAAUCAGUUCGAUCCUAAUGCCUGGGGAGUGGCGCGAGAGGAAGAAGAGAUCUUUUUCCGGGAGAAAUGGCAAGAGGAGUGGAAUGACCAGUCACUUCAGAGUCGUUUAGGAACCAAGAAUCUCCGAAACUAUUUGCCUGCCAAAUCUAUACCAGCACAUUUCGUCGCAAUUGAGGGAAACAGAGAAAGACCUGCGCAGUCUUCCAUCGCCGAGGAAGGAUCCAGUCAGGGAUAUGGACCAUCUAUUGGACAUGCCGUUCACGCUUGGAUACAUUCGUCGAGACACAUGUCUAUCAUCUCUACCCCCGACUUGUCCGUUCGACC